AAUCAGUAGGGAGGCAUGGUCACAUUGCUUUGGGUGCACAUUGCGCAACUGCACAAGUGGAGUGGAUGGGGAAGAGGAGCGAGCACGACGGCUGCAGCCUGCAGGAGCUAUAAAUACGAUGGGGUCUCCGGCCGUUGCCCGAUCCCCUUCCCCGCCUCCCCUCCACGACUCCGACCCGCCCGGCGCGCGGCGCGGCGCGGGCAGAUUCCCUGCCCUGUAUUCCAUUCCAAUCCAUUCCAGAGAUCAACUGAUCCACCCAACCGUCGCCACCCGCUGGAAGGAAGUAUCGAGGUCCAGGAAUCCCGGCGAGCGCGGUCCGCGGAGCGCGGAGAGGCGAGCGGCUCGAGUCCAACUCCGAUCCCGACCGACCGGCAGCCGGACAUGGUGAGCCGCGGCGGCGGCGCGCGCGGGCUGCUGGGCGCGUACGAGCUGGGGCGGACGCUCGGGGAAGGGAACUUCGGGAAGGUGAAGCAGGCGCGGCACCGCGGCAGCGGCGCGCAGUUCGCCGUCAAGAUCCUGGACCGCGCCCGCGUCGUGUCGCAGCGCGUCGACGACCAGAUACGCCGCGAGAUCGCCACGCUCAAUCUGCUCGCCCACCCCAACGUCGUCCGCCUCCACGAGAUCGCUGCUAGCAAGACCAAGAUUUACAUGGUGCUUGAGCUGGUCAAUGGGGGCGAACUGUUCGACAGGAUUGCCAGUAAGGGAAAACUCCCGGAGCAAGAAGCAAGGAGGCUCUUUCAGCAGCUGAUUGAUGGUGUCAGUUAUUGCCACGAAAAGGGUGUCUAUCAUAGAGACCUCAAGCCGGAGAACAUUCUUGUUGACCGAAAAGGAAACAUCAAGAUCUCUGAUUUUGGUCUCAGUGCUUUACCAGAACAUCUCGGGAAUGAUGGAUUGCUGCAUACAACAUGUGGUAGCCCCAAUUACAUUGCCCCUGAGGUUCUGCAGAACAGAGGAUAUGAUGGAUCACUAUCAGAUAUCUGGUCUUGUGGAGUGAUUCUUUAUAUAAUGCUCGUAGGAUAUCUUCCGUUUGAUGACCGAAACAUCGUUGUUCUUUAUCAGAAGAUUUUUAAGGGUGAUACUCAGAUCCCAGAGUGGCUUUCUCCUGGUGCACAAAAUCUUCUUCAGAGGAUUCUUGAACCCAACCCGAUGAAGCGGAUCACCAUGGCAGAGAUCAAGGCACACAAAUGGUUCCAGGAGGACUAUGUUCCUGCUCUUCCGUACGACAACGAUGAUGAAGAUUCAGAGCUUUAUAUAGCUCAUCAGGUCAAAGAGAAAAUCAGUGAAGCACCUGAGGAUAAAACUACUAAUCAGAUCAACGCGUUUCAGUUGAUUGGAAUGGCAUCAUCCCUAGAUCUUUCAGGUUUUUUUGAGGAAGAGGACGUGUCCCAAAGGAAGAUCAGGUUCACAUCAACACACCCACCUGAGGAUUUGUUUGACAAGAUCGAAAAUUCUGCUAGUGAAAUGGGCUUCCAUGUUCACAGAGGCCACAGUAAGCUUAAGUUGACACGAAACUGCAAUGGAUCACAGAAUCAAAAGAACCAUGUGUUGUUUCUAGUCUCCACCGAGGUAUUUGAGCUUAGUCCCUCUUUGUACGUAGUAGAGCUCAAGAAGUCCCAUGGUGAUCCUGCAUUGUACAGACAGCUCUGUGAGAGGAUCUGCAGUGACCUAGGUGUGCUCAAGAUGGAUCAGAUCUUUGGGACGAGAUCGACUGCCGAUGAUCUUGCAUGCUUGGACAAACGAUCUGCGACGCCUUUGGUUGCAUUGUGAAGAAGGCUGUCCCCCUGACGUGAUGUAGCGUGAGAUUUAGUGACAACGAAGCAGUUCAGCUGCAACGCAGCUAGGAACGGUUGUAUUGUAAGUAGGAUCAUAAUCCCGCAGAAAUAGAGGAGAAGAUAAAAGAGUGUUGCCGUGUAGGAUCAUACGUAAAUAAAGCAGUAGUCACCGAUGUAAAACACAAUGUAAAAUCUAAGAAAUAAAUUGUUUUCGGUGGCAUACACAAUCUCCACAUUCACUAAUUACUGGUGGCUCAUUUCUUUUUAACGUGGAUCCAAUUCAUAUA